AUGGUCAUAGCCAUCUCCUGUCAAGCCGUGGGCUUGGCAGAGCAAUGGAGGGCAGUGGGUUUGGGCCCACCGGUGUCUGACAUCUCCAACGGCACCUAUACCUACGUGCCUUACACCUUUGAGCGUCACCACAUGCAUCGUCCUUUGAUCUUGGGAUUCACGACAGUUGGACACGACAUGGGUUUUGUUGCCACGCUGGGCAGUGAGGUUCUGGCAGCGUUGGAGCUGGAGAGAUACCACAAGAUCCGGUAUUUUGAUUUGCGCGUUCUGUCUGGGAUGAACGAAAACUUCGGAAGCAUCGACGAUUUGUGUCAGUGGGUAAUGGAUCAUCGACAGAAAGAUUGCAUCGAAGUCUUGGCAAGUAUGGAGCCAGAGCCUGAUGAGGAUGAGUACUCCUUUGAGGUUCGUGCCCUGAAGCGGCGAGAGAGAGUCUUGUAUGAGAACGCCAUGGAGAGAUACAUUAAGCCAGCCUUACAGCAGCUCUGCCACCUGGUCCACCGAAAAAUGCGAGACUUGGGCGAAUGGGCUCGAGAUUUGGACCCUGGAGGCUCCUGUCAGAUCCAGUACGAUAUUGCUGUGAGUGCGGCAACGAAUCAACAUGCCAGCCAAUACAACACUUUGAUGUUAGAUCUGGUCAAGCCUUAUGUUCAGGCAACUGAGUGGCAUUUGGUCGAUCACCACCACGCCCAUGCGGCAGUGGCUUGGUUGGAUUCCCCAUUUUAUCGACGCAAAGGCUACAGCUCCUUGAUUUUGAGCUACGACGGAGGUGGAAGCGAUGGCAACUUGCGGAUGUUUCUUGGUGAGUCUGGGGACCCUAAUCUGAAAACAUUGGUGCCAGGGCAGCCUUGGCAUUCCUUCGGCAACGUAUAUGAAGCGGCUUCCUCCCUAGUCCGGGAUCUGGCAUGGGGCACGCCUUACGGUUCCAAGCCGCCCUGUCCAUAUGGCAAGAAGACAGCGUGCCAGCUGGCACUGCCGGGCUCCUUUAUGGCUUUCGCAGCAAUUGGCAACGUGCGCGACGAGUGGCGGCCUGGGGCAAGGCUUUUCAUCAGAAGAGGCCUUUGGAAUGCGAAACUCUGGCCGUCUCCAUUCGGUGGCGAGUGCACGCUCCGGUGCUUUGUCAACGAGUCCAGCGUGUACGGGGGCGACCCCGACUGGUGGUAUCGAUAUGCAUCCUCCGGCCAGGCUGCCUCGGAGUGCUUGGACAGCGCCUACACUCGCAGAGGUGUCAGCUAUUCGGGAUGGACUCGGUAUUACUUUGCUUGCGACAACUCUGACUUGGUGGAGAAGUCUCAGAUGAUCGAUCGGGACUUUGCGGCUACUAUCCAAGAUGAGUUUGAUCAAGUGAUGCUAAGUGUGGUCCACACUAAGCUAGAUGUCACGAAAUUACAGCCCAACUCCUUGGUCAUCACCGGGGGGUGCGCUUUGAAUGUCAAGACCAACACAGCUUUGGCUCGUGGCUUGAAUUUGCCUGCCCAUGUGCCUCCGGCGCCCGGAGACAAUGGCAUCCCGCUUGGAGCAGCAUGGCUGCUGCAUCCCCCACCCGCAGAUCAGCGGAUGGAUUCGCAAGGUGCUGGGAUCCAAUUCUCCGGGGCGCCUUUGACGGAUGUGCAAGGAAAGCUUUUGAUGCCGUCAGACAUUGACUUGGAGCAAGUGAGGGCCGAGAGCCAGCAAAGGUUGACCGAGGCUACGCAAGCGGCCUUGGCUGCGCAAGGGCAGCUGAGCGCGCUACCGACGAUUGUCCGAGAAAUGGGGCAAACAUUGCAGGAUGCAUUGAAAGGCCAGAGCAAAGAACUUGCAGAGGCCGUGAAACGCACAGCGACGGGAGACAAAGGAAAGCUGGUGCUAGUGGACACCAAAGGGCUCGGGAAGCCGAGCACGUUUUCGGGAGAUGCUGAGCAGUUUCUUCCGUGGCGUCACAGGAUGCUUGCCUAUAUCUGCUCUAUCUACCCGGAGCUUCGUGAAGCUUUGGAGUGGUGUGAGGAGCGAGAAAAGGCAAUCAGCACAGAAGAGCUUACGGAAGCAUAUGGUGAGAAAGCUGACGAGAUAGAUCGUAUCCCGAAUCUGCUUGAGAAGUCGACGGAGCUGUCUUCGGCACUGCAGAUGGUCACUGCGAAAGAGCCGUUUGCGAUAGUGAUCAAUUGCAGCACGAAUGGUUUCGAAGCGUGGCGAAGGUUAGCUCGAAGGUACGACCCGUCGACAGCCUCGAGAAAGAGAUCAAUGCUCAAGUCCGUGAUCAAUCCGCAAAAGCAGAAGCUGGAGCAUUUGCCGCAGGCUAUCGAAGAGUGGCUUGAUGCAAUUGCUUCGUACGAGAAGAGAAAAGACGCGAGCGGGAACAGAACCAAGAUCCCGGAAGAGAUAAAGACCGCAGCGCUUGAGUCCAUGUUACCGCAAGAUCUGGAAGCGCAUGUGCAGUUGAACCAGUCGAAGUUUUCUGGGUUUGAGGAUCUUCUUGAAGAGGUCACCAGGUAUGUUGAGCAUCGUACUGGGAAGACCUUGAAAGCAUUCUCUACCUGGGAGACCCGAUGGAUGUUUCAUCCUUUGGGCAAGUCCCGGGAAAGGGCGGCGGCAAAGCGCCAAAGUUUCUGGGAACCUGCAACAACUGCGGCAAGCAGGGCCACAAGGCUGCCGAUUGCUGGUCUCCAGCCAAAGGCGGCAAGGGAAGCUACAGCAAGAGUCCAGGGAAAGGUUCGCCGAAGGGACCCGGCGAGCGGAAGCAACGACCAGGAGACGUGGACCGAACAGCCAGAGCAAGACGAAUCCUGGGAACAAGGCGAGUGGCCUGAAGACCAGGACUGGGAAGACUGGCCCGAGGAAACCGAGUGGAAAGAAGGAAACGGGCUGCUGAUAGGCGGCCUGGAAGAGGAAAAGAAGGAAGAAAAGAAGGAAGGAAGGAAAGAGAAGAAAGAAGAGAAGAAGAAGACAGAAGAGAGAAAGAAGAAAGAAGAAAAGAAGGAAGACUCCGCAGCCGUUUCUGGUCCAAGCGGGUCGGGAAAGAUGUCGGACUUCGGGGACCGCCUCCGGAGUGCCGGCUUGGACCCGUCCCAGCUGGAAGGGCUUACGGACGACGAGGCCAACGAGUUGCAGGGGGCCCUUUUGGCGUCCCUUGUGGCUCUCCAGGCGAGGGCUAAAGCACGGGCCCAAGGACCGAAGGCAGCGGAGGCUAAGCCAAAGGAGCCAGAGCCCAAGGCGAAGGAAGAGCCCAAACCAGAAGAAGCCAAGGCGAAAGAAGCAAGGGCGAAGGAGCCCAAGGCAAAGGAAUCCAAGGUAAAGGAACCCAAGAAGGAGGAAGCCGAGAAGGCAAAGCCGAAGCCGAAGGAGAAAGAGAAGGCGAAGGCCAGCUCGGGCGUUUCGCCCGGAGCGCGGCUGCAGCCGAUCUUUGUGUGCCUUCCUGCGCUCAGGCAAGACGUUCGCACAGGGAGGGGGCGGUGUCUGGGAGCGCAAGGCCGGCGGAGCCGGUAA